UGCGUGAAAAAUUAAGCCCCGAGUGCCCUAAUCGCAGAAGUUUUAUAAUGAGGAGUUUGCACUCAGCUCAAGUCAUAUUUCGUUAUCGUUAAUAAUAAAACAUGUUAAUUUGUUGUAAGAAUAUUAUUUAAAAUGUAUAACGUCAAAUAGUGUCAUCGAUUGAACCGUUUGAAAUACUAAGUUUAUUAGUUGAUAAUUUGUGAAGUAGUGAUCACACUUGUGGUUAGUUUUUUGGAUAUCACGAAAUUCCCAAAAUGAAAUUGGAGAUUAAGUAUUUGACGCAGGAGCACCUCACGGGCUUCGAAAACUAUAAGUACAGCUCACUAGAUACAAGUCCUCUAAGUAUUUAUGUGAUGCACCCGUUUUGGAACAAAGUAGUUGAGUAUUGUCCGAAAUGGGUGGCGCCAAAUUUAUUGACAUUCUCUGGAUUCCUAUUUACUGUCAUGAAUUUCCUGAUGUUUGCAAGUUACGACUAUUUCUUUUACGCAUCCAGUGAUGAUAUGCCUGAUUAUCCAAAUAUACCAAGAUGGGUCUAUGCUAUGGCUGCUUUUAAUAUAUUUAUGGCCUAUACACUUGACGGUAUAGAUGGAAAGCAAGCAAGACGCACACAGACUUCGGGGCCUCUGGGAGAAUUAUUCGACCAUGGUCUUGAUAGUUGGACAGCCAUGCUGAUUACCGUUUGCAUGUAUUCGGUAUUUGGUAGAACCGACCAUAGCGUCUCACCCCUUAGGAUGUAUUUUAUUCUUUGGAACGUAUUCGUCAAUUUCUACCUGAGCCACUGGGAGAAAUAUAAUACCGGUGUUCUAUUUUUGCCUUGGGGAUACGAUGCUUCAAUGCUGGCAACUAUCAUCGUGUUUAUAUUAACGAGUAUUGGCGGUCACGAAGCCUGGAAAUUUAUGCUACCUGGUGGAAUUUCAGCUGGUAUUAUGUUUGAAACUUUAUUGUACGUUAGUGCAAUCAUCUCCAAUUUACCGGUGGUGCUUUGGAACAUAUACAAAUCAUACAGGGAUAAGACAGGAAAGAUGAGAUCUCUACCAGAAGCAAUAAGACCUUUAGUACCAGCAGUUCUCUUUUUCGCAAUUGCGACUUUUUGGGUCACUUGCUCACCAAAUAAUAUUCUGGAGAAGGAUCCGAGAAUCAUUUAUUUUGCAGUUGGAACGAUAUUUUCUAACAUUUGUUGCCGGUUAAUUGUUUCUCAAAUGAGCAAUACUAGGUGCGAAGUAUUGCCUUUGAUUCUGGUUCCUGUGGCAGGUGCUGUUGCCUUUUCGUUUAUGGUACCAUCACUUGAAAUUGAAACUAUGUAUCUAGUAGCCAUUCUUUCUCUUUUGGCUCAUAUACACUAUGGAGCCUGUGUGGUCAGACAAAUGUGCCAUCACUUCCGUAUCCACACUUUUACGAUAAGAGAACACUCCGAAUGACUACUUGCCGACGAUGCAUGUUAAAAACAGAGAGAAACAAAAGAGAGAUGGAUGAAGAUCACUCCACAAAGAAGAGAAAAACAUCUAUUAAUUAGCAUAGCCAAUUACCCGAACCUUACUUAUCAAUUGCCACAGCCAUAUACCAUAUAAUGCUAAAUAUUUAUGCCCUGAUAGAUGUCUAGAUUGUUUUUUUUUAUAUUCCAGUUUUGCCAAACUAUUGUUGAUGCAAUAUUAUUUUUCUAGUCUAUUUAUUUGUAUUACCAAAGUCUCUUUUAAUCUCGUUUAUCUUUUCCGCUUUUAUUGCUCUUAGAAAAAUUUACUGUACACGGAAAUAUUUGGAAAAGCAGAAUGGCACUGCUAGAUAUUGGUACAAAGUCAAUUCAGCAAAGAACAGUACGUACUACAUUUUUUUUUAUUACCGAUUUAGGUACUAAUUUGGUCAGCUCUCUUUAUCACAUAUUGGUUUGGUUUUGGCUAACACGCAGAUUCAUAAGUGCACACCUCUCAGUUUUUAACAUGUAUCGUCGCUCGGACGAAAUAUUAAUAGUAGCUAUAAUUUUUCACUAGGUCCUUGUGAGUUUUCGAUUUUCCCUGGCAAUUAUUUCCUGAUUGAUAAAAUUAAUUUAAAAACCGUUAGCACAUUCUUCACGUAUCUAAUUGUCUGAAUCGUUCGGCAUUCAAUUUAUUUGGGUUUUUCUCAUGCCCCCCCUUACCUUCACUGUAAUUCUUAUUGAUUAGAUUGUACAAAUGUAGUGUCAAUCCUUCAAUAUGCUAAAUUUCAAUGUGCUCGACACAUUUAGCCACAUUACUUCUAAGUAGUGUUUAACACAUGUGGUAAAUCAAAUCGCUCAACUCCCAUAUCGUAUCGGGCUCUUCAAUCAAAUUCGUUUCCAAUGAUAUGUAUAAUGAAUUUCCAAACUUUCAAGUCAGUCAGUGAUUUUCCAUUCCUCACCUAUAAUUUCGAAUAGCAUUGAAACGCAAUAAUUUCUCUGCGCUCUCAGAAUACAACUAUUAUAUCACUGUCAAUCAUAGUCAAUUCUCUAUGAGCGCUUUCUUUGAUAUUUUAAAAAUAACUCGUGUUUUGUAAUCCUGAACUUAGAUAAUAUUAAAUAUUGCAUUUAUGUAUAAAGUAUAACCAAUUUAAUGAUACUAUAAAUAAGAAGAAUGUACAAAAUAAUUACGAAUUCUAUGUAUCAACUGUGAGUGAUGUAGAAAGUUAUGUGCGUAUGUAUAUGUAUAUAUGCAGAGAUCAUUUUUGAAUUGUGUAUACGUAGGUUAUAUAUCUAAACGCAACGUCGUUUUUAUGCUUUGCAAUUACCUCUUACUUAAAAGGAUAUAAGAAUUGGCUUUGACAAUGAUUAUUCAUAUUUGUUUCUUAAUCCUUACCAAAGCACAAAGCCAAUGAAAUUCAUGCAGUAUGUCAUUGUUGAUGCUUUUUCAGUAAACGACCGAUUAAUGCGGAGCACGUUUGUUCAAAAUAUUUCAUCAGAUAGAAUGACAUGAUACUUUUUCCAAAUACUUAACAGUAACAUACAUACUAUAUCUAUAUGAAAGCUGCGAUUUAUUUGUUAACUGUACACCCGGAUUCACAAAUAAACACUAUUGCAAACAUG